GUUGAAGCUUGGCUUCUGAAAGAAUGUGGUGGCAUUUUCCUUUGAUUGAUUUUGGUUUUAUCUGAAUUAUUGAUUAAAGUGAUUAAUAAACACGGUUAUUAAUUCAACGGAAAAAGUUUCAUUUUUGUCUCUGAACAUUAGUAUGAAGCAAGAAUUUCAAGGUUAUCUUCUAGAAACGCCACUAUUUAGAAAUUCACUGAUGUAACCAUUGUUAUAUCGAGCUAGUUGGAUUAUGAUCAUUCAGCAACCUGACAUCAAGUGAAGACAUCAAGUGCCUGUGGAUAAUCUAGACACGGAUCUAUCGGUACCGAGUAUUGAAGUUUUAUCUUCUACCGAAAUUCUAGAAGAAUCUGCUUAUCCCGAGAUUUCUGCCAGUGAGGUUAUCUCUGCUGAUGCUGAGCCCAAUGUCAAACUGGAAAAUGUUCUAACUACAAAUAAUGUGCUUAAUGUGACCAACAAUGUGACCCGUAACAACGAGAGUACGUGGAACUAGUGAAGAUGACAUCCCAUCAUUCAGUGAAUGGACGUUAAAGGUGCAAACGGAAGUACUGGUGUGCAAACCUCUGCUAAAUUGUCUGCCACCCCAAAAUUGCGACAAAAAAACUAUGCCUCGCCAGAUUGCGGAGCGAAAAUAUUGGAUGCCAACAGCGAAGCUGAACACACGUCUGCCAUUUUGGACCCGUCUAGAGAUGAAUAUUUUUUAAGUAUCUGCUCGGCGAAAAUUUGGUUCGUGAUUGAAUUAUGUGAAGCCAUUCAAGCUCUAAGGGUGGGCAUUGCCAAUUUCGAGUUAUUUUCAUCCUCGCCGAAGGAUUUCCGCGUUUACAUUAGCGACCGUUAUCCAACUCGGGAUUGGGCUUUGAUUGGUCUGUUCACCGCCGCUGAUGAGAGGUCCAUUCAAAGUUUCACACUGGAAAGGCAGCUCUUUGGCAAGUUCGUUAAGGUGGAAUUGGUCAGUCACUAUGGCAAGGAACAUUUUUGUCCCAUCUCACUUUUUCACGUCUACGGUAACAGCGAAUACGAGGUGCUAGACAAUGAAGAAGAUUCCCGGACGGGAUCAAUUUCACACCGUCAAGAAGAGGAUUCAACAGAGGAAGAAAUGCUUUUUGAUUUGCAAAAAAAAUAACAGCAACACCGAUGUCGUCGUGGAAGGAAGAAAUUUAUUUGGGAGUGCCAAAGAUGCUGUCAUCAACAUAGUGAAGAAAGCAGCCGAAGUCCUUACCAAGAGUCCUGCUCCGCAAAGUGUGAUGGUGACCGUUAACGAAACAGAUAAUAA